AAAACAUAGAUGAUAGCCUAGUAUAACUUCACGGGCAGUAGUCAAUCCAUUUGACCCUUCCUUGUCCCGCCACGUGUCCCCUCCCCCCUUCUCUCUUGAGACUAUAAACACACCUACCUCACCACUCUCUUCACACACACAAAAAAACAGCCAACAUCAUGACUCACGGGCCGGAGGUGAGCAUCCAGCUCUCGGAGACGAAAAUGGGCGCCCCCACCCUCCGAAAGAGCGAUGUCAUGCACGCCCUCAUCCGCCUGCUCUGCCUCCUCACUAGCGUCACGGCGCUGUCGGUCAUGACCACCGCCAAGCAGGCCUCCACCAUCUCUCUCUACGGCUUCACCUUGCCGCUCUACUCCAAGUGGUCCUUUUCCGACUCCUUCGAGUAUCUUGUUGGUGUAUCAGCAGCUGUGGCACUUCACUCCUUGCUCCAAUUGCUCAUCAAUACGUCCAGAAUGCUGCGCAAAUCUCCUCUCAUUCCUUCUAGGAAUCAUGCAUGGCUCAUUUUUGCUGGAGAUCAGAUAUUUGCAUAUGCGGUGAUGAGCGCAGGAUCAGCAGCAUCGGGCGUGACAAAUUUGAAUCGGACGGGAAUCCAUCAUUCAUCGCUGCCCAAUUUCUGCAAAGCAUUGCACGUUUUCUGCGACCGCGUGGCUGUUUCCAUAGCCUUCACGUUUUUCACCUGUUUCUUACUCGCCAUUUCGGUGGUCCUCGACGUGCUUUGCCUCUCAAACUAUUAAUAACAUAUGCAAUUCUCGUUUGCUGCUGCUUAUCAAUAACUAUAACUAUAACUACUCUCUUCAUCUAUCAACCUAUCUUUAUUCAAUUUUCA